GCGCCAUCGCCGCGUCGUCAUCGAGUUUUUCUCGUUGCUCACCGUCGAGAAGUGUGACGCCGCAUCCCUGCUCUCCGUGCUUCUCACUCAUCUUCAAGGCGCCGGCAUCGAAUUCAACCGCAUCGCGGGAAUCAGCACCGAUGGCACUUCCGUCAUGGUUGGGCGCGAGAACAGUCUCGUGGCGCGGCUCCGCGAGCACAUCCCUCACCUUGUGUCGUCCCACUGCAUCGCCCACCGGGAAGCUCUGGCUGUGAAGGACGCCGCAUCUGCCUGUCCAGACUUGGACAUGGUUGACAAGGUUAUCCGAUCUCUGGCCGAUCUCCUCGGCCGUUCAAGCGUGUGGAGCCAGCGGUUCAAGUACCUGCAGCGUGUCAUCCACAAGACCAACCUUGAAGUUCAAGGAAUCCACGCGAUUCGGUGGCUGUCCAGGGGCGAGGCAGUCAGACGCCUCUGGGGGGCGAAGAGAGUGAAGGUGCGCGGCGUCGACAAGGACGGGCAGCCGGUGACGCACACGUACCAGAUGCACGAGCGGCAGAUCAAGGGGCACGUCUACCAGAGCAACUACCGGGACUGCGAACUGUUGUGCGCGAAAUUCGCGAAGGGGAGCGUGACGAACCUGCUGGAGCGGCUGGACGACCUGUCGAAGCUCGGGCCGACGAAGCUGUUUCGGGCGGGCAAGUGGCCGCGGCAUCGGAUGGUGAGGGAGAAGAAGACGAGAGAGUAUCUCCAUGGCUGCAGUGCUAUCUUCGACGACAAGCUCCCCGGGUUCGAUUUGGAGGAGGCGGAAAAGGAGCUGGCAACUUGGGCCCCGAUCAUGCAGAACCACCACAACGAGGAGGGCUUCUACCAGGGCCUCACAAACUACCUUGGCAACACGGAGUCAAGCAGGCAGAACGUGAUCAAGUCUUGGGUCCGUGGUGCUCUGUGCAAUGCCCGCCUGGGUGAGCUGAUGAUGAUUUCGCUGCUGAGAUACGACAUCAACUGGCAGGAGGCGCUGGAGCUGUGGCACGCAAAGAAGAGAAGACCAGCGAAGUCGGUGGUGUUCGCAUCACAAGAGAGGAAGCGCAAAGGCAAGGCUCUGCUGGAAGAGGCAGAGCAGGAACCUCCAGUGCAGGGCCUCAGAUAGGAUUUUAGGCAUACUGAUCAAUCAGGGCGGGCCCCCAAAAAAACGUGUAGCAGUCAG